ACCUGCGAAACGCUUCAACUACUCUCGUACAUCGUCUAAAUAUAUAUAUAUAUUUUUAUUAUUUGUAAUUUCAUAUAAUGUAUUCUUCUUAUUGUGCGGAAACCGACCGUUUUUGUUACUCGCUGUGCUCAUUCAAUCCCUUCGGCGAGGUGAAGCAGGUGCAAUAUGCCAACAACUGUAGCUUGAGGGGCGAGCCGGCCGUGGGCAUUGUGACUGAAGAGGGCGUCGUGCUGGCCACCGAGAAGAAGAUGAUGAUGAAGUAUGCCAUCGGCAGUACGCUCAAGAAGUUGCAGCAAACUGGCAGCUAUAUGGCCAUGACCUACUCGGGCUUGGCACCCGAUUUUCGCGUUCUCUCAAAGCUGUUCCACAAGAUGGCUUGCAAAUACGGCAUCAUUCAUGAUAACGUAAUGCCUGUCCCUAGUCUGAUGAUGGCCAUUUCCAGUACCAUGCAGGAGUUUACCCAGUCGUCCGGUGUGCGUCCCUUUGGCUUGGCACUGCUGCUCGGCGGCUGGGAAAACGAAGCUGGGAUCCUUUAUCACCUGGAUGCCUCUGGCUCGCAGCAAUGUUACAAGGCCUGUGCCAUUGGGCGCUACACGAACGAUCGGACGUCCUUUCUGGAACAGAUGUACACAGCGAACAUGACAGUCGAGGAGGCAAUAUCACUAGCGAUUCGGUCCAUUCAGUUGUACAGCACAAAAAGCCUUCUCGCCAACCAGAUCGAGGUUGGAGUUCUCGAUGAGGACGGUCUAUAUCGUCUAAGUAAAAAGACCGUCAGUAAAUAUCUAUAAAAUAUCAGCUAGGUUUCCAACGCAGCUAGUUUCAUAUGGAAAUGUUUGGAUGGAACGAUUGGAAUGAAACAUUGGACAACUUUACAAUACAAAUCAAGUGUGGGUAGUCGGUGAACGCUUGGAAUGAAACACUUCUCAUUUUUACAUUACAAUUCAUGCCACGCUAAGUGUGGUACAGGUGGAAUGAAACGUUAGUCCAUUAUUUUCCAAUUCAGGCGCUGAUGCUUGGAAUGAAACAUUCGCGUUUUUAAUUAAAAUUAGAUAUGAAAUAUAAAAAUAUUGAUCACUAGUUAGUUAUGGAACACUUGGAAUGAAACAUUGGUCUUUUUUUUUAACUAAACCAGACGAAAUAAAGAAUGAAAUUAUGUAAUUUAUUCCAGUUAAAACGCGAGACAUGGGCUCUGCUAGAACAAGGAACGGUGAAAUGAAACACAUUAAGUUUUGUUAGGCAUUUGAAUAACGCGCGUCUCCAUUCAAGCAAACACCGCAAACAAUGUACCAAUAAAUCAAUCAAUACGCUAC